AGAGACAGGAAGAGAGGAAGAUGUCACAGGUGAAGGAAAUAAUGACGCAAAGGAUGGGUAGAGAAAAGAGCGACACACCUUAAAAAAUAAUAGUUGGGGGGGAGAGUCGAAGUUAUAGACAACAAAUACUUUGGCAUUUGGUGUGGUCUCUACAGUGCAAAAGAAUGGUGAUGGAACAGUUCUUUGUGGCUGUGCUAAUGAUGUCUGCACACCUAGCAGUCUCAUAUCCUCUGACUACAGAGAGCUAUUACAUGGAUGGAGGGAGACAAUGCAGACUGUGUCCACCAGGUCAUUAUCAGAAGUCCUGUUCAGAGUGCUCUCCCUGUCGAGAUGGUUCCUACACAACACGAUUGAACGCAGAGUCCAGUUGUCAUUCCUGCUUCAAAGACUGCAAACGUGAUUUGCACCUGGUGGAGGAUGAAGCGUGUACUUCUAUAUCGAACGCUAGAUGUCGCUUGGAGGCUGGUUUUCCUGCACUGACAAAGACGACCAGACAGGAAACUGUAGAGACUGUGAGAAGAUCCCUCAGCUGCCCACACCUCCCCUGCCACCUAGCGAUGUAGUGGGCAUCAGAAACAACCAGACAGGAACUUCCUCUGAACACAGCAGGACUUCCUCUUCCGCUGGACGCUGUCAACCUCCCAACUGUGACACUCCACGACCACCAGUCUCACAAGCAGGCAAUGCCACUCAUCACACCACAGCUGACGCCAGCAAACACUUGGCAGCCAUUUUGUGUCCUAUGGUGGUCAUUGGAAUCCUAGCCGUUAUCAUUCUGUUAUGUAUCCGUCGCCCAGGAGAUGAAGCCUGUUUCAAACAAGCUCUCAAGUUCUGUAACAAGGGAGUAAGAGAAGCGUCGCCUAAUAAGACCAAAGAGCCAACUCAUCAACACUGUGCCAGAGAGACACAGCCCAGAAUUAAGCACCAGACAGUGGAUCCACCACCUUUUACAGCAGCAAAUAUGGGCCCAGUCCAUGUCCACAAUGCUGGAACAGUCAUCUUCAGUUUACUCAACCAGUUCACUGGUAUGGGUGGAGGGACGGAAGAGAGAGGGCAGAAAGAGAGGGAUGAGGAAGUAUGUCCGACCCACCCCACAUUCUCCCCUAACAUCCAUCUAUCCCAGGAGGAAAGGGAUGGAGAGAUGGACUGUAUAUUCUUCCCUUCACAGGAACAAGGGAAGGACAGUCAUGUUUCUAAAGAGGAGGUGCAUUGAGGGGAGGGAGAUUGAGGACAGAGGAGGCUCCAAGUGAAAGCUUCCCUUCUAGGAUCAGUUUAGCCAACCCUACAUCCUAAUGUUAAUCAUAAGAAGGAUUAAGACUGGUCUGACCCUGGAUCAGUGGUAAGGGACAACAUCUACCUGGGGGUCUAUUCAGUCUGUAUCACUGAAGCGUUACAGAUUGCUUGAUAGAAAUGUAAAGGUCAUUUUGAUUGAGCCGACAUAUGCAGUGUUUAACGUGGAUGCAGUCUCCACUGACGCGAGAACAUUGCCUUUACAUUUCUAUCAGGCUGUAAAGCUGAACUUCUGAGAUACAGAUUGAAUGGAGCCCUUACUCUCAGAAGAACACCGGUGAAUCCCAAAACUCUAGAAUGGCCAUUAUUUCCUGUCCCAAAACUCUAGAAUGGCCAUUAUUUCCUGUCCCAAAACUCUAGAAUGGCCAUUAUUUCCUGUCCCAAAACUCUAGAAUGGCCAUUAUUUCCUGUCCCAAAACUCUAGAAUGGCCAUUAUUUCCUGUUCCAAAACUCUAGAAUUGCCAUUAUUUCCUGUCCUAGACCUAGAUAGAGCUAGACAUCUCACUAUGCUGGUCAUGUACACAUCCACUUGCUCUCCUUUUAUUGAACUGUAUAAUAAGCUUUCAGUCUCAACUGCUGCAAACUGUUUUUUUCUGUGUUCAUGUGGCACCUUGAACUGUUUUUGCACAAAUUAAAAUAUUAAAUAUAAUUUUUCAAUGAA